AUGAAGAAGGCAAAACUCAACAUUCGGUUCGGUAAAAAGAAAAAUGGCGAUAAAGAAAAUGUUGUUUCAACACCCGAUUCUAUUCCCCCAAAAAUAACAUUAGAUAUUUUAACAUUAAAUUCAAGUCUUGACAUUUUACCCGAUAAUUUGAACUCUUCAAUUUCACCUUCUGAUACUCCUGAUAAAACUCAAGAAAUUAAAACAUCCGCAACACCCAAUCAAGAAAAGUCGAUGGGAUUAUUUGACGAAAUUUUAAGUGAAUUAAAUACGGGAAAAUCUUCGGAUUUUGAUGUUGAAUUAUCUUUAAAUUUGGAAUUAUCAAAAUUAUUAGAAGCUACUUCGGAAGUAAAAGUACAACCUAUUUCAACAUCAACCCUAUCGAAUAAAAGUACGAAUCAAUCUAAGAAAUUUGAAUCAUCAUCAUCUAGCGAAUCUGAAGAUGGUUUUAUAAGGGUAGAACAAUUGGCUCCUAAUCCUAAUGGUAUGAAUGGAAAGAAACCUAUAAAUCCCAUUCAACGUCGAAAAGAUAUUGGUCAAAAACCUAAUCAUGUUGAAAAUUGGGUACAAGAUGUGAAUCCGAAGGAUGGUGAGAAUAAUAUUUUGGAUCGUAUGAAAGACAGGCAUCGCGCGGAAGCAAGGUCAGCACCUUCUCUACAUCCUCCACCCCCUUCUACUUCUUAUCCGGAUGAUGAUAGGUAUUAUGAAUAUGAUCGUCAUGACAGAUAUGAACGAAAUGAUAGAUACGAUCCUCCAUACUCACGAGACGUGAGAGAUAGAGAUGAUUAUUAUGAUCGUGAUCAUAGGGAACCAAGGGACCUUCGAAAUCCUAGGUCGGAUACGUAUUCCGAAGACUCUCGUGAUAUGAGAGAAGACUAUAGGUAUGGAUCAAGGGAUCGGGAUGAUUAUCGUCGAGAUCCUCGUCCGAGAAUUAAUGAUGAUAGACCUAUUUAUGAUGAUCGGUUAAGAAAUAAUACAAGAUAUCCUCGUGAAAGGAACAACGAUUAUGACAAAAGUAUAUCUUCAAACAACGAUUAUUUGGGAUAUCGUCAAAAUAACGGGAACAGAAUUAUGCGACAAUCUCCAAGCGAUUCACCUGACUCAUCUGCUUCGUCAACUACGAGUGAUUCAUCAAGGCAUCGAAACGACCCUCAAAAUCGUUCCGUCAUUAAAGUUUCUAAAAGUAGACCUUUUGAAAAUGAAAAAAUUAAAGAAGCUCAUGAAUCGGAAGAAAGCUCUCUUUCUCGUCAAUCAUCAAUAGCUUCAAGAAAAUAUACUUCGCCUAGAGAAUUUCAACAAAGUUCAAACCGCAAUUUGUAUGACCGAGUCGCUCAUAAAGGUACACAUAAUAAUUCAAAACAAUCACGUACUUCAACUUCCUCAGGUGGAAGCUCAAAUCAUGAAGAAAGGAUUGUUGAAGAAUCAAUUUCCAGGAAUGGUUUAGGAAUUCCUUUUGACCAAACAGCUCGAGAUUCUAUCCUUUCAGUUGAUAGUGACAUUGUUCCGUUAGGAACGAACAUAAAAUCAAUUUCCAGGAAUGGUUUAAGAAUUCCUUUUGACCAAACAGCUCGUGAUUCUAUCCUUUCAGUUGAUAGUGACAUUGUUCCGUUAGGUACGAAAUAUGGAAUAACCACAAUGAAUGCACAAGAUGAAGAAUUAUCACGUGAUUCACCGGAUGAAAGUUCUGAUGACGAACCUUUUGAUAUAAAAGUGCCCAUUAUUACAGUAAAACGAACAAUUUCAAAGAAAAAGAGCAUGCAAGCAUCUUUUAAACCAUCAUCUUCCGAUCUUUCUUCUGAUGAAGACGAUGAAACUUAUAAAGGUUCCGACAGUGAUAAUGAGCCGCCGAUACCAACGAGGGGCAAAACAUAUCCUCCCCAACAAACACAUUCUUUAUCAUCGCAUAUCCGUAAAGAUCGACAUCAAAAUGUUCAUUCGCGUUCUGAUAGUUAUGAUUCCAACUCUGCUUUAAAUGGAUAUCGCGAUCGAGAAGAAUUCGGAUAUUAUCCUCCCCAACCUCCACCACACGUACUACGUGAAAAACCUGCAAAUAGAUAUCCCGUACCACCUCAUCAAUAUCGUGAUGAACCUCCAUAUUCGUAUCGUGAAGAAGUUCCAUAUGAUGGAUCUCGUUCUAGAUAUGCGAAUUAUCCAUUACCACCAGAACCAUUGCCGCUUGAUCAUACGCCAGAAAAUAGCAAAAAGGUCCCAUUAAUUGAAAUGGCAGGAUAUCGUUAUGAUCAAAAUAAACGUAAUCAACCGAUUCAGCCAUUCAUUGUAGGUUUGGAUAAGCGCAUUCGAUCUCCAUCACCACCAAAUAGGUAUCAAAAUCGUGGUUAUCCUCGUGAACGAGAACGCUAUCCUCAAGAACGGGGUGAAUAUCCACCACCACCUCGUCAAUAUAACCCACCUCCACCAAGAGGUAUCAAGAAUGGUUAUGAUGAUAGAUAUGAUCGGUAUAAUGAUAGAUAUGGAAAUGAUAGAUACAAUGACAGACUUGAUGAUAGACAUUAUGACAGAUAUGAUGAUAGGUAUAAUGACAGAUACGAUGAUAGGUAUAAUGACAGAUACAAUGAUAGGUAUGAUAGAUAUGAUGAUUGA